CACUAAAUUCAUAGAUAAGGGGGUGGGGACUAAAUUUUAGAAGGGUUUUUUUUAUCAUAAAGUAACAAAGAACAAAGAACUUGCUAAAUAUUUGAAAAAAGUAAACUGUUUACUUAAUUGGUGAAAGAAAAAUUAUUUUGAAACAUUGAAAAACUGGAAAAUUAUAAACUGAACACAAUUAACAGAACAGAUCAAUAUUAAAACCAAUCCUAACCUAUAAAUGCCAUCGGUAUAAAAUUUAUAAAUUAGCUAUUUUGAAGCUGUUUUCCAGUAAUUUAAGAAUAUAUUUUAAAUAUGAUUCAAGAAAUUGAUGGUUCGUUAUUGGAAGGUGGUGGGCAAAUUCUGAGGAUUGCCCUAACUUUAAGCGCCUUAAAAAAGAUACCAAUUCGAAUAACCAAAAUUAGAGGAGGCAGAAGUAAGCCGGGAUUAAUGGAACAGCAUUUAAAAGGAGUGGAACUUUUAAGAGACAUUUGUUCAGCCAAAGUAAAAGGUGCGCAAUUGGGUUCAACAGAAAUUGAAUUUUGGCCCCAAGAAAUCAAAGGAGGCUCCUACAGAGCACAAGUAAAAACCGCCGGUAGCAUCAGCCUAUUACUUCAAGUAUCUUUGCCAUGCAUUAUCUUUGCAGAUACACCUACAACUCUUCUUCUCCGAGGAGGUACCAACACAGAAAUGGCACCUCAAAUUGAUUAUCUAACUGAGGUAUUUAGGCCUAUUUUAGAAAAAUUUGGAGCAACAUUCGAUCUCGAUCUAAAAAGAAGAGGGUAUUUUCCUAAAGGUGGUGGGGAAGUUAUUAUUAAUGUAAAACCCGUGGAAAAAUUAAAUCCUAUUGAAAUGACAACACAAGGAUCUGUAACAGACAUCUUUGGAUGGAGCUUCGUUGCAGGAAAUUUGCCAGAAAGGCUCUCUCACCAAAUGGCAGACAGUGCUGCAAAUGAGUUAAAGAAAAUAGCUUCGGUCAAUAUUGAAAGGUAUAAAGAGGAUCAGAAUAUAGCACCAGAUAGCUGUUCAGGUAUUAUAUUAGUUGCAAACACAAGCACAAAUUGUGUCCUAGGAGCAUCUGCACUUGGUAAAAGGAGUGAAAGUCUUCAGGAAACCGGAAGAAGGGCUGCUGAAGAGUUGCAGCGAUCCAUUAAAGCAGGUGCUUGUGUGGAUGAAUAUAGCCAAGAUCAAGUAAUUAUAUUCAUGGCGUUGGCGAAAGGACCGUCCAAAGUAAGAGUUGGAGAUAUAACGAUGCACACGAAGACUGCUAUUUAUGUUAUAGAGAAACUAACAACAGUAAAAUAUGAGAUAACGCCUUCUGAAGCAACAAAUAUAAUUGAGUGUAGUGGCAGUUAAACUUGAAAUUUAUUUUUAAUUUACUUAUUUAUGUAUGUCUUUUUAAUUAAAUUAUAUAUCUACGA